AUGAACUCAAAAACUGGUGAAGAGAUUCACAUUUAUCUGCUUCGUCGAGUAAGAAGAGCGCAUGUCACACCUGAGAAUGCGAAACUGGUAUAUCCAGCACGUUCGGAAGCCGAUUUCUACAAAGCUUACGACCCAUGGGUGGGGAUCAGCACAGCAAUACUACUAUCACUGUUCUUUUUCGCUAUCACUGUAAAGUACUGCAUACGUUACAUCCUACGAAAAUGGCGAAUGCAUCAGUUUUACAAACGAACUCCGCCUGAUGAUACAACUAUUGAUGAGAAAUUCACUACUACUGAGCUACUAUGA